AAAUCUUCAAAACUAAAACCCCAACAACAACCGGGCAAAAAGGCCCUAGCAAGGCAAAUGUCCAAUUCCUCUCCCCCGCCCUCCGCCACCGCAGGCGGCGGCGUCACCACCCUCUCCGACCUCCACGCCGACAUCCUGACCACCCACAUCCUCACCCGUCUCGACGGGCCCACUCUCGCCUCCGCCAGCUGCGCCUCCUCCCAACUCCGCUCCCUCUCCACCCAGCACCACCUCUGGGCCACCGUCUGCCACCUCACCUGGCCCUCCACCGCCACCUCCCCCCGCCUCCGCCGCCUCGUCUCCGCCUUCCCUGGCGGCCCCCGCUCCUUCUUCUCCCUCUCCUUCCCCCUCCUCCACCCCACCACUACAACCACCGCGCUGCCGCCGCCGCCGGAGCUCAUCUCCGCCGUCGACAUCCACUACAAAAACAACCUAAUUUUCUCUAAAGUCCAGGAAACCGAGACUGUAUCCGAUUGGUUCCGGUGCUCCCCCUUCCGGGUCGAUUUGUUGGACCCGAAAGAGGCCGUCCCCACCGCGGUCAGCCACCCGGACUGCGACGGCGCGUGCGCGUCACUCGCGGCGGAUAUGACUCUGAGCUGGGUCUUAAUCGACCCGGUCGGGCAGCGGGCUGCGAACCUCUCCAGCUACAAGCCCGUGGCGGUCAACCGCCACUGGCUGAGCGGGGAGGUUCAGGUGGGGUUCGUUGCCGUGCUCCCCCGCGGCGGCCGGAGGGGGGCCUCAGAGGAGCACGUGCAGUGCGGGAUGGUGAUCACGUGCGGCGGGUCGGAGAGGGGCGAGAUGCAGGUGAGGGAGGUGAGUUUGCAGAUGGAGGACAUGGACGGGAUGCAUUUGACGGGGGAGGAGAGUCUGGUAAUUUUGCACAGGGCCAUGGAGGGGAAGAGGGUGAGAAACAAGAGGAGGGAGGAAGAAGGUAGGAAGAGGUACAAAGAUUACUUGGAGAUGAAGAGAGAGAGAAGAGAGAGAAAGCUGAGGAAUGAAGGGACAUUGGACAAGUUGUGUGUGGCCUUUGGGGUAGCUGUUUUUGGUGCAUGGGUUUUCUUUCUCUGCUUCUGAUGACCAAAAAGAAUUUAAUUAAUUAAAACAUACCCCCAUGCAUAUGGUUAGUUAAAUAUUUUUUUUCCAGAAUUCACCUAGCUAGGUCAGUUAGUAUUUGAAGUUGGUCACUCCGCGAUUGAGUUCGAUCAUGGGCCGGAGACCUUAGUUUCUAAACUGGCGAUCAAAGCUGCAGUGGGAUUCUCCGCAUGGCUUUCUGGAGCUCAUGAGCUAAGGCAAUACUCUCUCGCGAAUAUGUGAAAGUAGUCUAUCAGCAUGGCUUUCUGGACAUGGAUUGGGUUAGAAGAAGAGAUAAAGCAACAAAAUAUGGGUUUUUAUUUGAGUUUUUUUUUUUUUUUUUUUUUGUACAGUUCUAUACAUAGCAACAUCAAGAAAACAGAGAUUUUUUAUUAUUUUUCAAGAGAUAAUGGAAUUGGAGGAGAUGUCAUAUUCAGAAGAAGAAAA